AUGGCUUCAUUUCCGGAAAUAAUCAUACAAAGAAAGCUGCAAGAACUGGAAAUGACGAAGGCCUGCAUCCAGGCUCUUUCUCUUUGGCUACUGCACCACCGAAAGCACGCGGCGGAAAUCGUACAAUUGUGGUACCGGCAGGUGCAACGAGAAAAACGGUCCGACCGGUUGCUCGCUCUCUUCUGUCUCGCUGACGAUAUGAUUCAGAAUAGCCGUCGUAAGUAUCAAACAUUCGCGGACAACUUUAGGGACUUCAUUCAUGGCGCCAUGGUGUGUGCCAAGCAGUACAUGGACCCGCAAGCGAUAGCCACCUUGCGCCUCAUUGUCGGAAUUUGGGAGAAGCGGUCGAUAUACAGCCGCGAUUUCCUGAACAUCCUCAGAAAUGAGAUCGCUGCCGUUCCUAAGAACGGAAGCCUCUCAAGAGCCGGCAUCGUUACCGCGACGCACGUCAACCCGCUUUCGCUCGUUGACCAAAUCAAACCAGGGUCUGAUAUCAAGAUCAUACCGAAGGGGAACGAUGAUCACCCCAAAGUGUUGCAGUCGGGAUCGAUGCAUGCCUGCCAGGUGCCAGAUGCAGAUACGCUGAGCAGAAUGCCGGUCGAUUCUCCAACGGAUUCUGAACUUCUGCAGAGUUUACGGGAGCUGGCUGAUGCUUCUUUGGAGGAUAUGGCUCUUAGAGAAAAGAUCGCCAGUUUUCCUCCUGAUGUUGCCGACAUUUCGUCUAUCAAACAGCUGACUACCAAAGAAGAAUUUGAAAAGUUUUCGGCACUGGUUUAUGAAGCCGACAAGCUGUUAACCGGGCAUAGUGAUCGUUUGACAUGCGAGCUGGUAGAUAGAAACCAAAUACUCAGAAAACUGGAUGCGUGUAUUCUCGAACACAAGGCAAAAAUGGAUAGAGAUGCCGCCAUUUUGUCUGAAUGGAAGAAAAAACUAGAAAUGGUUACCCAAGAAUCACUAGAUUUGUCGAAACAUGUCGAUUCGUUACCUGAUCAGUCCCGUCUACCCUCUUCUGUACGUUAG